CGGGCGUGCGGGUCAAUCUCUAGUUCAAUUUAAAAUAAAAACACAGUUUAUAGUAGUAUUGAAUAUAUAGUUCUAGGACAGAAGUAAAAUUACGAUCUUUCUGUCUGGUUCUAUUUAACGUUUUUGAGAUGUCAUAAUAAAGAAAAUAAUAAAAGUGAUAAAUCAUAGUUCAGAACCAAACAUACGGAUCACUUUCAAAUAGUCUGUUGCUUCUAUUUAUGAAGAAAUUUGGCUUUGUACGUUUGAACAUUGAAGUGAAGAAGCAGUUUGGAUUUCAAUGCAAGAACUAUAGUAAAGAAAGAUAGGCAUGGGGUUGCAUUUAUACUUUGAGUUUUCCCCGAUCUCUUACUGUUUUAGUCACAAUACAUUGUUAUCUUAUUAAAUAUUAAUCUGUUUCAAAUUAAAUUAUUCAUGUUUCUUAAAAAUUUGUUUCCAAAAGAUACAUUUAAAAAAAUUUCAUUAUAGUUUUCAUUAUGUAAUAUGGUAAAUUAUAAACUUUAAAGAUGUGAUUAAACUUCUAUUGGUAAAAUAUUAUAGAAAAUACUCCAUCAAUUCCCGAAAGUAAGAUUUUCUAGAGUUUAUUCUUGUUACACAAAAAUAAAUUUUAUAUAUAUAUUUAAGGUACUUUUGUAUACUUUUGAGAAACAUUAGUUUUGAAUAUUUAAAUUGAUUAAAUUUUAUUGGUGGAUAGUUAUUGGAAAUUGUAUUGAAAAAUAAAUUGUAAACAUUUAUUAUAUUUUUAAUAAACGUAAAAAUUUUAGAAAAUCUUACUUUCGGGAACGGAGAGAGUAGUUAAUUACAAAAAAUAAUGCAUUUAUAGUUAAAAUUAAUUUGUUUAUUAUGUGUAAAAAUUCUAAAUAUGAAUUUUGAAACGGAUCGAGUAUUCCCUAGGCAAUUUAUAUAAGCAUUUUAAGUUUUUAUUCCUGCUAUAGUAGUACACAUUUCGCCAUACAAAAUCGAACUAACUAAAUGUAACACCUAAAACAAAUCUUAGUUUCUUACAUGCAUGGAUCCUAGUAUAAAGUAAUUCAAAUCAUGACGACAAGCAAAAUUGGAUUCAAUUCUAAAAUGUCAAAGUUCUCCUCGGAAUCUAAAACAGAUCAAAGACCCUAAAUAAUGUAUCUUUACAUGCAGUUGCUAAAUUCAUUUUUAAUGCGAUUAGAACAUACUUUUUGACUGGUGUAGUUUAUAAUAAACAGUGUAAAAUAAGAAAAUUAUUUCUUUAUAUAUUUUAUUUUAUGAUAUUUUAUGUUUGUAGGAUAUAUAGCCUACUCUAAUUCUUUUGCAUCCUAAAACAAGAGUAGUGUAUUUUCAUAAAAGUUUGUCUUUACUAAACACAUACAGAUGAAAGAAAACAUCAUAUAUCCAGAGAACGAGACUCUAUUAAAUUAGGUAAACGAGAUGAAUAUAAGUAAGUAGAGAGGUUGGGUAGGUGAAGAGAGACAAUAAGAUGGAGAAAAAGAGGCCGUAACUCUUUUGCCCUAUUCACAUUUUUUAUUUUCUUCCCAUUAGCCAUUCUGCUCCCUGCCUCUACUCCUCCUCCUCCCUCUUGACACAUCACAUCAUCAUCACAUCAUAAUCACCAUCAAUCAUCAUCAUAUACAUACGCAUAUAUCUGUCUUCUUUGGAUCGAGUUAAAUCAGUUAUGGCUUCCUCGAAUAGACACUGGCCAAGCAUGUUCAAAUCCAAACCUCAUCACCAUCAAUGGCAACACGACAUCAACUCUCCUCCCUUGCCUUCUUCUGCUUCCCACCGAUCUUCUCCCUUCUCAGGGUGUGAGGUGGAGAGGAGUCCAGAGCCAAAACCAAGAUGGAAUCCGAAGCCAGAGCAGAUUCGUGUACUUGAAGCAAUCUUCAACUCAGGGAUGGUGAAUCCACCAAGAGAGGAGAUUCGAAGGAUUAGGGCUCAGCUUCAAGAAUACGGCCAAGUUGGUGACGCCAACGUCUUCUAUUGGUUCCAAAACCGCAAGUCUCGUAGCAAAUACAAACUACGCCUCCUCCAUAAACACUCCCUCUCUCAACCCCAACCCCAACCUCAACCGCAGCCUUCAUCUUCCUCAUCAUCUUCCUCCAAGUCUACCAAACCCCACAAAAACAAGGACAAGAACAACACUAAUCUCUCUUUGGGUGGUGGUCAAAUGAUGGGGAUGUUUCCAUCGGAAGAUGCGUUUCUUUUCCCGGUUUCCACCGUCGGAGCGUUUGGAGGUAUCACCGCCUCAUCCCAAUUAGGAUUUCUCUCCGGUGAUAUGAUUGAGCAACAUAAACCGGCUCAUCCAACGGUGGAACAAUGUACCGGAUAUCUCUUGAGCGAGAUCAUGAACGGUAAUGCUAGUUAUGGAACUCAUCAUCAACAGCACUUGAGUGAUAAAGAAGAUGAAGAAAUGAGUAUGAAGAUGUUGCAGCAGCCACAACCUUACGCUGCUACAAGUCAUCAAAUCACUUCUUACAACAACAACAACAACAUCAUUCUUCAUGUUCCUCCAAUUACUCCAACUACUUCAACUACUACUACUACUAGUACUACAACCUCAGAUCCUCUUGAUAUUGUAUUAUCAACUUCGGACCAGCUUCAAGUUCAAGUGUGCACGAGAAUAAGGGUGUUUAUCAACGAAAUGGAGUUUGAAGUGAGCCCCGGACCGUUCAAUGUGAGAGAUGCAUUCGGAGAAGAGGUUGUUCUCAUCAAUUCUGCGGGUCAGCCCAUUGUCACUGAUGAAUAUGGCGUCGCACUUCAGCCUCUUCAACAUGGAGCCUCCUACUAUCUGGUUUUGUUUCCUCUCUUAGUUUCUCUAAUUCAGAUGAGUAAUUUUUGUGAACAAAAGUGAAUUAACUCGAAGAAAGUAAAAGAGAGCAAAAAAACUUAUAUCCGUUUAAGGUUUUUUAUUAUUAUGUGAAUGAAAAAUUACAAAUCUGUAAACCCGUAUUUAUAACAGCCUCAAAAUCCGAUAUUUUUCCUUAUAGAAAUACAUACUUAUUUAGAAAAAAUAAAUUUUUCUAAACCAGUAAGAUAUACUUUAGAUUAUACUCCUAGUGUACAGAGAUUUAAGAUACCUGAAGAUGCAACAUUAAUUAAUGUUUAUACAUUCACUUUAAUAACUAGAUACUAUUAUAGGUUAGAUUAUACUCCUAGUAAAAGAAAUCAUUAUUUAAUGGUUAUAUAAACUUCGUCUACAGAUCUACAGUACUAUUGUUUAUUUCUUCAUUGGGAUCUAUAAUGGAUAAAUGCAUGCGAGAGACAUGUUGUUUGGCAUAGGUCAACAAUGUUGACUCAAUGUAAUUUAGUUACACACGGACACACAUUGUGCUUCUUUAGAGCAUUCAUUGGUUUUUCCCUUUUUGGCCUUCGUGUCUUUUGACUUUGUAGUAUAAAUUCUAGUAACAUUUUUGGAGGUUGUGCAUGCAUGUAUGUACAUACAGUGUAUACUUAUUGUGUAUGAUUAAUUUUCAGGUAUCCUUUUUACUUUUGCAGAUCUAGCCGUGUGGGAGAUAAUGGUUUGAAGAUGAAUUUAAGACGUGUCUCUUUCUUUAACUAUCUCUCGUACGGACGCUUAAAUGUUAACAUUUGAAAAAAUAUUGGUUUCACUUACCUGUUGUGAUGGUGUGAUGUAUGAGUUUAGGAUAACAUUCACAAAACGCUCUCGUUAGAUUGUUGACCAAUAUUUUGUUGUGUGCGUUUCUUAUUGAUUUCAUAAAAUCUAUAAUGCUUUUGUUUCUUCAUCUGGAUCUUUUAUAGAUGCGAAGAAUUGUUAAACAAUGGGCUAAUAUGGUGAUGAGUAAUGUCGAAGCUUCACAUUGCCCAAUGUGAAAGUAAAGUAGGUCAUGCUUUUAGUGUUUAGAGUAGAAUGUGGUAUAAGGUUUACCUGCGGAAAGUGUGGAAGUUAGUCUUUAUCCACGUGAGGUGAUACUUCACUUUAAUCCCGGGGAUUAAAAACGUUAGUACGUCAAUAUAAUUAUUACAGAACCUAAUCUCCUUUUCAACCAAAUGAUAGUGAUAUAUAUAUAGUUACUUUUAUUGUAAUUAUAAAAUGUAGGAAAUUUAGUUUAAUUGAGAUAAUUAUUCUAAUUUUUUCAUUUAAGAUAUAUUUGAGUAAAUUUUAUCUGAAAUUGCCAUCUACAAUAUUGUUAAUUUUCAUUCAAUUUAUUAAUACUCACACAAGAGACUUGCCUUGGAAAUGUUUUUAAACUAUUAAGAUCCGUAUGUUAAAACUGUAGAAAUAUUGUCCAAACAAAUAAGUGAAUAACCAUAUAUGUUAAAUCGCUAUAACUGUUUUUAGAUGUCCAAACAUAAUGAUAAAAUCUCAUUAUUAUUUUUUUGCUAAGAUAAAAUCUCAUUAUUUACCCCCCUACAAAUUAAUUUGCAACAAAGGAAUACGUAACAUAUCAAAGUCAGGAACAGAGUUUUUGACAGUCAAGUUGAUAUGAUCCUUUGCUUCAAAGUUUUAACUCUGUCUCAUGAUUGUAAUAUUUAAGUUACUGCAUUGCAAUGGAGUAUACGAAAACCUACAUAUAUUUUAGGUAAUUAAGGAGAAUAAAUACUAGUAAAAACUGUAUUCGAAUGCAAAGGAAGUCUAGCUAGGUAGGGGCUUUGUUAGAUCAAAUCAGAUGUCAAAAACGUGCAUAAUGAAAAUGUAAAUCAAAUCACACAAAUGUUUCUCAAUAAAAACAUGGUCCUACUUUCUACUGUUUGACUGUUUCCUUCAUUUUGUCGCUUUGGCGUUAUCUUUACCCAUGCGUAAGUUAAAAACAAUAGCAACUAUGUUUAGCAAAAAAACACUGGGGGAGACGAUGUUCAGUAUCAAAAUAAUAUCAUAACGAAACCAAAUCUAUAUUGUCAUGUUUGGAAAGGAACGAUUGCCCUUUUUCGAACUUAAAGAGAUAAAUUACGGUCGCAAAAUUAAAAAGUCGUUAUUUACAAAAAAAAAAAAAAUUAAAAAGUCGUCAUGAAAAUUAAUUCACGUUGAAGAAUGUAAAUAGAAACCUAUGAAUUGACAAGAAAGAAAAAAAAGUAGAAAGC